UAGGUUUAACUGCCUCAAUCGAGCGCUAUAAAAUUACCGCGUUGCAUCCAUAGUUUACUCAUUCGCAAACCUUUCGUCGUUCAAAGCGAUCACACACGCUUAGCAUCUCCAAAAUGAAAUUCGUCAUUGUAUUUUUCACCUUAUUCGCUGUUGCCUUAGCAGCACCACAAAAGGACGCAGAAACCGUACGUUAUGAUUCGCAGGUUGACCCAUUGAACUACCAAUACAGUGUUGAGACCAGUGAUGGAAAAGCGGCCCAAGAGCAGGGUACAGUGGAAGAUCUAGGUAGCGAGGAUGAAGCCAUCGUGGUACGUGGCUUCUACUCUUACGUAGGCGAUGAUGGUCAACAAUACAGAGUGGACUACAUUGCUGAUAAAAACGGUUUCCAACCACAGGGUGCCCACAUCCCUGUUGCUUAAAUCGUUGUGAUAAAGCUACUUGUUGCUUUUUGUUAACUAGUUUUAAUUCUUCUAAAAUACAAACC